ACGCCAUCGUCGAAGGACGCAUGAAUAUGUAUACUGCCGCCGCAAUCGCCGCGAUUCAGCCGAAUCAACUUCGAUAAGGUUGCAAACACCUAGGUCCUGACGUACAAAAUUCAACUUUUUUCUAUCCGUUGAGAAUCUGGAAUCUUUUUCUGCAAUCGUAAGAGUACUGGUCGAGUAAGCGGACGCGCGGAAGUGGCGGCGGCUUCGCUUUGCGGAUGAUCGAGACUGAAAAUCAGCCGGAUUCGCGUGCCAGCAGACAGGGCGAGCAGAACGAGGAUCUCCUCGUCGCUGGCGGCGGUAACAAGGUUGACAGUGGUGACCGCGAGUCUGGUGACCAAACAGCUGUUGCAACUGCGACGACAGUGGAGGACGCAGAUGCGAUGAAGAAAGAGGAGCAAGAAACGUCGCGGAUUCACGAGAAUUCAUCCAAGGGCGGUGUCGCCGCGGGCAUCGCGACGCCCACCGCGGCAUCGACGAUGCCGGUGGAGGACGACGAAGAGGAAGAGGAGGCAGAAGAGGAGGAGGAGGAGGAGGAAGAGGAGGAAGCGGAGGAGGAGGAGGAGGACGGGGACGUGGAGGGUGGAAUCGCAGUGGAGGGUGGAAUGACGACGCAAGAAGAGGUCGGGGGUGUGUUGGUCGGUGGUGAAGGUGGGGGUGGAGGCGGCAUGGCCGGCUACUGGAGGCAGAGCAGACCCUCCAGUCCCCGCAUGCCGCCUCCGGAGCAGUCGGAGCAGCCGAGCCGACCCAAGAGCCGGCACGAGCUACAAGCCGCGAGAUAUAACAACCUCGGCUACUGGCGAGCAAGAAGAGUCACCUUUUAUAAAAAUGGCGAUCCCUACUUUCCAGGAGUGGAGUUCAGAUUUAAACCUGGCCGUGACAUUGGUUCUUUGGAGGCUCUACUGGAUAGAUUGUCUCUUCGGAUGGAUUUGCCGAGAGGGGCGCGCCACAUCUUUUCGAUGGACGGUGAUCGAAAGAUCCAUCUCGACGAACUUGAGGACGGUGCCUCUUACGUAGUGUCCAGCUACAAGACUUUCAAGCCGGCCAGCUACGGGAAGAAGAACAACACCUGGUACACUACCCCAGCAGGCGGUGGAGGUAGUAGGAGCGGUACCACCGGGACCGGAAGUGGGGUUGGAGGGUGGCAAAGUAGACCGCCAGCGGUACCGAGUCUUAGCCGGAAAGCCUCCAUCACUGAAGAAGCGCCACCCCCUGGGGGCGGAAAGCCCUCUUCGGGCCGUGUCAUUCGUAUCGUUAAUAACCACGACCAUACUGUUCAGUGCCGAGUUCUAUUAAAUCUUCGUACAUCGCAACCCUUCGAAGAAGUUUUAGAAGAUCUUGGACAAGUGUUGAAAAUGAAUGGGGCUAAGAGGAUGUUCACUGUUUCAGGACAAGAGGUGAGAAGUUUCUCGCAAUUGAGAAACGAAUUCGCUGAUGUGGAUACAUUUUAUUUGGGUACCGGAUCGGCUGUCGUUAUGGCCGGUGGCGUUGUAGCAUCUCCGGUACGAAGGUCAAGGUCACGUGGACCAUCCACCGUCGUGGAAGAAGUUAGUCGUCAGAGAAGGGCUCGCAGCAAGAGCAGACCAAGAGCCUUGUAUGCUCCUGACUCCGAAGUUGUUCGAGUAAACGAUUAUAGCGUCGUAGAAGUGCUACGCGAGGAACCGGCCAGAGUGACAAUCAGAGGACUCAGACGAUCGUUUUAUCCUCCCUCUCAUCUGCCUCCAGUCGAUAAUUCGCCGCCUGAGAAGAAGCUGCAACUUGAAUGGGUCUACGGUUAUCGAGGGACCGAUACUCGCAAAAAUCUUUGGGUUUUACCCAGUGGCGAAUUAUUGUAUUAUGUCGCGGCUGUGGCGAUACUUUUCGAUCGAGAAGAGAAUGCGCAACGACAUUAUAUUGGGCACACGGAGGAUAUUAUGUGUAUGGAGGUUCAUCCUAGCAGGGAACUCGUCGCGUCCGGUCAAAAGGCGGGCAGGCAUAGGAAGGCACAGCCGCAUGUUCGUAUAUGGUCAACGGAGACUCUUCUCACCCUUUACGUGUUUGGCAUGACCGAAUUUCAAAUGGGCGUCUCAGCAUUAGCAUUUUCACAACUGAAUGGCGGUAGUUACGUACUUGCCGUGGAUUCUGGAAGGGAAGCUAUACUUUCGGUAUGGCAAUGGCAGUGGGGUCACUUAUUAGGGAAAGUAGCGACUAUGCAAGAAGAUCUGACGGGUGCGGCAUUUCAUCCACUGGAUGAUAAUCUCUUAAUUACACAUGGGCGUGGUCAUUUGACAUUCUGGAAUCGGCGAAAAGACGGUUUCUUCGAGCGAACUGACAUCAUCAAGCCGCCAUCCCGUACACACGUGACGAGCAUCCAAUUCGAACAGGAUGGCGACGUCGUUACGGCGGACAGCGAUGGUUUCAUCACGGUGUAUUCGGUGGACGCGGACGGGGCAUAUUUUGUACGAAUGGAAUUCGAAGCGCACAACAAAGGCAUUAGCUCCCUCGUUAUGUUAUCGGAAGGCACACUCCUUUCCGGCGGCGAAAAAGAUAGGAAAAUAGCCGCUUGGGACUCAUUGCAGAAUUACAAACGCAUCACCGACACAAAGCUGCCAGAAUCGGUAGGCGGAGUCCGUAGUAUAUAUCCGCAACGUCCCGGACGGAAUGAUGGAAACAUUUAUGUGGGAACCACGCGGAACAACAUCCUCGAAGGUUCUCUGCAAAGAAGAUUCAACCAAGUCGUAUUCGGCCAUGGCAGACAAUUGUGGGGUUUGGCGGUUCAUCCUGACGACGAGGUCUUUGCCACCGCGGGACAUGACAAGAAUAUUGCUCUCUGGCGGAGACACAAGCUAUUGUGGACUACCCAGGUGGGUUUCGAGUGUAUAUGCAUAGCCUUCCAUCCAUUUGGCGUGGCGUUAGCGGCGGGAUCGUCGGAGGGUCAUCUUCUCGUACUCGCGGCUGAUACCGGUGCAGCCGUGGCGACCCUGAGAGUGUGUGGAUCACCGCUGUCUUGCAUCGGAUACAAUCCUACUGGAGAAAUUGUGGCCAUGGGUUCUCAAAAUGGCAGUGUGUAUCUCUUUAGAGUGUCCAGGGAUGGAUUUUCAUAUAAAAAAAGCAACAAGAUCCGCGGAACGCAACCAUUGAUGCAGCUCGAUUGGAGUUCCGACAGUCGCUUUCUUCAAACCGUGACUCAAGAUUAUGAUCUCUUAUUUUGGGACGUCAAGGUGUUGUCGUCGGAAAAGAGUCCAUUGGUUAUGAAAGAUGUCAAGUGGUACACCCACAACUGUACCGUUGGUUACAUGACUUCUGGGCAAUGGAACAACCGCUAUUAUCCAUUGACUACAGUUGUCACCACUUCCAGUAGAUCAGCUGCACAUGAUAUGCUGGUAAGCGGCGAUGCCGAAGGGUAUCUUCGACUCUUCAGAUAUCCAUGUACCAGCGCCAAAGCUGAAUAUGUCGAGGAAAAGGUGUACAGCUCGUUGGUGGCUUGCGCCAGGUUCCUCUACAACGACCAGAAUGUCGUCACCGUCGGCGGCACCGACGCUGCCUUGAUGCUCUGGGAAUUGGUCGACGAAUAAAAAGAUACAAGUCGCUAAAACACCUGACUUAUUGUCCAGUAGGUCGUAGCGAUAAAUAAAGUGGGGCGCUGGCGCCUUUUAGUAGAUUUUAAGCGAUAACUGGGACUCUUUUGAAAGUCCUUUGGUGACGUUCGCAUGAAAAUGCCCAUCAAAUAGCAUAAAAAAUGUAAAUACGUGGAGGAAUGGUUUUUCACAAAUUAAACAAUUGUUUUUCCAAUUUUAAUUAUAGAAUCUUUAAUUCGACAUCAGCUCAUUUUGCGCAUUUCAGACCAUUUCAGACAUUGAUUACGCAUUUUAACACAACACAAGAGGAUCUAUCCAUCUAGUUCCAUUAUGACAUAUACGAUCUAUUCGAUUCGCACUUGAUUUCAAUUUGUUGCUUCAACAUACAGGAUAUUUUAUUACGUAUUACGUAUUUAAUUAGAGGCAACUUCGAGGAUGGACUUGGCACUGAAAAAAAUAACAAAAUUGUAUCAUAUACAGUAUACAUAUACAUCUAGAUUUUAUGGUUCACAUUAUCAAUAUUGUGAUUACUUUUGUGAUAACAUACUUUUGUUUACUUACCCGUUUACUUAAUUCUUAAUUACCGCUCGUAUUUUAUUGUUUCUUGAUUCAGUAUAAAUCAAUGAUAACCGUGUUUACGGAACAUUUUAUAUGUAUAUUACUUAAUAUCUAAUUUAUUUUAUUUUACAAUGCAUAAAGAGAUAAUUAACUUCGCUGACCACUAUUUAAUUUUAUCUUGUUAUUUUCAUUUUUCGUUAUUAGUCUUCUGACAAGAGAUUUUUCAGUUCGUUUUCUCGAUACGAUCGAUAAUAAAACGACAAGACUAAUACCAUCUCCAUUUUUUCCACAAUAUCUAUUGAAUCACAUGAAAAAUAGCUGGCCACUCAAAAAUAAGGUCAUAGGUACAUUUUUAUAUAAAUUUUAAUUGUUUUCAAUCCUAAAAUUCAUUCUCAUAUUACAUGAAACGUAGCGUUAUAUGUAUAUGAACCAAGUUAUUAAUUGUACGAUUGCGAGACGAGCCAAUAAUUAAUUAAAAGAUAUCCGUGAGUCGAUAAAGCUGAAAUGGGUUGAAGUGAGAAACCUCGCGGGAGUUACUUGCGAUGUCAUAAAGAUGUAGCUGUGACGAAUUAACGUGUGCGUAUCAUUUAGGGAUACUCGCUAGCCGUUUGAGCUUCACUGACAAUGAAAUUAAAUUUAAGUUAUCGUUACAAUUCCAAUCCAGGGAGGGAAAAAAUGCACUCGUUCCUUAGGUUCACUCCUUAAUUAGUUGCACAAUAUCCAAAGCGAGAUAUGUGUCUAGCAGGUAUAUAAUCACAGAGUCGUGCGAGUCGUGAUGUUUUAAAUUUAAAAAAUUAUUUUGGAUGGAGUACCGGUAAACGAUCAAGAGCUGCAGAGGCGGCAAAGUAAAAGGAGAAAUUUGGCUAUAGAGUAACGAACAGGCAUAUUUACCACUGCCAGAAGAUUCAGAUUCCUGCUGCUACUGGAAGGAACAGGAAGGAAGAGAAAGAAGAAGGGAGAGACGAAAUAGAAAAAGCGCGUAAAGGAUAAGCCUAUCGUCAAUGGCUUAAGGUCUGUUCUUUCUUAGCAGCGCUGUAUUAUAAUAAAUAUACUUUCUCUAUGUUGAAAAUAAAAAAAUUUUAAAAGAGCGCAACAAAAGUAUGUACAUUGCAGUUAAUUGUAAGAGAAACAGACCUUUCGUCAAAAUGGAGCGUUCAAUAGCGCGAUUUAAAAGUGGCAAAGUCCAUCUUAUUCAAACGGACGUAACUGAAAUACGCACAGAGAGAUCAACCAAUUACAUUUAUUUUACAAUACAUAUUAUUCUAAUGCAUGCAAAACACAACGUUGUGUUAUGCAUUAUGUAGAUUGUAGGUGAUUGAUCGAUUUCUCUGUAGAUAUCAUAUAAUAUGUGCGACGUACGCGUGAAUUUACGUACGUUACGUUACGGUCAAUAUGCCACGCGCCAUUCGUCGUUCCAAGUCACUAACACAAUAAGUCAUUAUAAUAUAUAUAACCAAUAGUAUUAUAUGUAUGUAGUGUGUAGUAGUAGUAGUAGCAGUAGUAGUAGUAGUUUACAAGUGUUUAGUAGGUAUUAUAGUUUACAAGAACGUAUAAUAUAUAAACGUGUAACGUGUAAGGAUUUCACGAGGAGGUCAACUUUGUUGCAGGUCAACGCUCCUCUCUUACCAGCCAAUUAUUCUUAUUCGCACACUUUUCGAUUCGAGAGAAAUGGAAAAAAGGAGAGAUUUUUUUUCAUAUUCACGCAGUAGAGUCGACACGUAGUGAGAAUUUAAGCGGUUAGGAUCAGGUCACUGCCAAGGCGUCGCGUCGCGAGUUUAAAAGGUUCUAACGAUCGUAACGAGUUACGAGAGUAACUUUCUUCGCGCCAUGUAAAAUCCAUGUCACACAUUAUUUAUCAUACAUGUAUUCGAGAUCAAGAGUAAAAAUCUAUCCGGACAUAACGAUGGAGAGGAUGGGCAUAGCCGCCGCGCGUAAUGCGUAGGCAUACAGAAUAAAUUGUCUGAAAGAUAUUUUAAGAAUGCUUGAUAGAGCGUUAAAAAAGAUUAACGCUGUCGAUCAUCUUAAAUUUGUACUAAACGCGUAAUUUUUUACGCACAUUAUUUAUAUUAAUUAUAUGUAUGUAUUAUGAGAACGAUAGUAUAUAUAUAUGUAUAGGAAGUUUAGUGAUUCGAAUGAUCGACUCCGAAUUGAUUUGGAGGCCAGUGAAAGAGUACGUCGUACGUCCAGACUCCAGAAUAAAUAAAUGUAUGUGUGUAUGUACAGUGGAGAACAAAAAUACUGAUUAAGGACGCCGGUGGUUGCUCAAAUCAAUUUGAUAAGAAUUAGUUCAAUUAUGGAGAGAAUAUUCGUCUAAUUCGAAAUCUGUCGUCCAUGCUAAAGUUGAAGGCAAUAGUCUGUAUGGUUGUCGAGUGAUUAAUUAUUCAAGUUACACUUAUUGCCCAUUUAUCAGGACCGACCGGGCCGACUCAAAUAUAUGCACUCCGUGCUCGAUAGUUUUACGCGAAACAGCUACAAAAUGUUGUUUUAUUUGUACAAUUUUAUUUUUAAUAUGCUUUCGAGAGUUACAUUACAGGUGUCGUAACAUUUUUGCUAUCAUAUCGCCCGUGUGUAAGAGAGAGAUAAGAGUAUGACUUGAAUAAUUAUAAUUACUCGACAACCAUGCAAACAAUUGUUUUCAACUUUGGCAUGGACGACAGAUUCCCAUAGACGAAUAUCCUCCAUAUAUUUGAGCUAAUUCUUAUUAUAUUGAUUUGAGCAACCACCCUCCUUAAAGCGAGAUUAAAAUGUAAUUGCAUCGAGCUUCUUCUCCUUCGCCGUUAUAGCGGCCAACUAAUCGCUGAAAGAUGCUGGAUAAAGGAAACCUACAGAGAAAGAGAGAUAGAGAGAGAGAAGCUUAAUGUAAAUAUAAUUCAAUCUCGCUACACUUGAACCAUUGAAUGCUUUUGUUCUCGAUUGUACAAACAGGUUCGGUGCAUCGCCUGCACAAAUGCAACUGCAAGAAAAUUAAUUUAGGUAAGAAACGUAGCGAUAUAUAUUAUUCUUCUCUCUUUAAAUCGUUCUGAUGUUACAUGAAACAUUAUUUUAGUGAUUAUAUAGGAGAAAUAUUCCUAAGUAUUCCCUUCCUAUAUAAAUAUCUGAGAUUCGCCCGAAAAAUAUUUUUCGGUCUCUUGUGACAGAUAUAUAUCGAUGUAGUAUAAUAAGAAUAGCAAGCACCUACGUAUACUUUUUAUGGAUUUUAUGUUAUGUACAUUUUAUGCGCGCACGCGUGUGUGUGUGCGUGUGUGUGUGUGUGUGUAUGU